UCCCAAUUUACAUCACAGUUUCCCUCCAUUCCCUCUCAUCCCCUCCUCUCUCUCCUCGCUCCCCUCCAUCUCCGCUCCUCAACCAUGGCGCCCAAAACCAAAAAAUCCGCGCCCGAACCUGAAACCGAACCCGAAUCCGAAGCCUGCCGCCUGAAAUCCAUCGCGGAGUCCAAACUCCAAUCCUCCGACUUCAAGUCCGCCCUCAAGUACGCCCGCAGAGCUCGCCGCCUCGACCCAAACCUUGACGGCCUCUCGCUUCUGGUCACCGCCCUAAAGAUCCUCCGCUGCUCACCCUCCGACCACUACAAAAUCCUCCGCCUCGAUCCCUUCUCUCCUCCUUCCCUCAUCCGCUCUCAGUACAAAACCCUAGCUCUCUCCCUUCACCCCGACAAGUCCCCGGGGCUCGAGGAAGCGUUCAAGAGAGUCGCAGACUCGUUCCGGUUCCUAUCCGAUCGAUCUAACAAGAAGCGGUUUGAUGACGAGCUUAGGGUUAGGAUCGCCGGCGAGAAGGCUGCGCAGGCGGCGGCAGUGGCUUUCGUGGAUCUGCCGGUGGAGACGUUUUGGACGGCUUGCGACACGUGUCGGAUAUUGCAUGAGUUUGAUCGGAGGUACGUUGGUCAUCGCCUUGUUUGUCCCAGUUGUAGGAAGAGCUUUCUUGCUGCGGAAAUGAAGGAGGAGGCGGAGGAGGAAGGGGAGGAGAACGUGGAUGCUAGGGUUGGGGCUAGGGCUACGGGUGCUAGGUCGAGGUCAAGAUCUCGGCCUAGGGUUUCGAUUAAUUGGGGAGAUGGCGUCAAGAAGAGGAAAGUUGGGGAUUUUGCCUGCUCGGAGUUGAAGAAGCCUAAUGUUAGAAAGGAGAAGACGCUGGCUGAGAUUCAGCUAGAGCUCACAAAGUCGAAAAUGAAGAUAAAGGAAAAGAAGAAGGAAAUGAGCGGAAAAGCUUGUGUUCAUGUGGAAGAAGAGGAGGAGGAGGAGGAGGAUUUGAGCCUUAUGGCGGUUGAAGAUUCAGACUUUCAUGACUUCGACAAGGAUAGGACUGAGAAGAGCUUUGUCAAAGGGCAGGUUUGGGCGGUAUACGAUGACGAUGAUGGCAUGCCAAGGCUUUAUGGAUUGAUCGAUGAAGUCCUCUCGUCGAACCCAUUUAGAGUCAAGAUGUGCUGGUUGGAUGUGCAGAACAAUGGAGAUGAGGCUUUACUUCUUUGGGAAAAAUCUGGGCAUCAUAUCUCUUGUGGGAGAUUCAAAGUUGGGCGCAAGGUUGACAUUGAUUCGGUGAAUUUCUUCUCUCACUUGGUUGAAUGCGAGAGGGCUGCAAAGGAACUUUACAGGAUUUAUCCGAAAAAGGGUUCGGUUUGGGCUUUAUAUGGCAAGGGAUCAGGAGGAGACGAGGAGGGAAGGUGUUAUGAUAUAGUGGUUUUCCUUACGAGUUAUAGUGAGAUGUACGGGUUGAGCAUGGCACAUCUUGAGAAGGUGGAAGGAUACAAAUCAGUGUUUAAGAGGCUGAAGACUGGUGCCCAUGCUGUUACUUGGCUUGAGAAGGAGGAUGUGAGGUUGUUUUCACACCAAAUACCAGCAAGGAAGCUAUUGGGCGAGGAGGAUGAGAAUUUGCCCAGAGAAUGUUGGGAGCUGGAUCCUGCCUCCCUACCUUCUGAACUACUUGCUGAUCGGGGAAGGAAGCGUCUCACCUGAUGUAAAUCUUACUCUUUGAUUGUGUUAAAAGUUAAAUUGGGCAGUCUGGGCUUGCUUUCAGAAUGUGAUUGUUGUAGAUCUGGUAAGGUGGCAUUAUGGUUUUAUUUAACUUUCUCUUGUUUCCUGUUUGUAGGUUGUAAACAUCCUUAUUAUCCCUGUUUGCAGAUUGUAAUCAUGUCCUGAAAUCUAUGAGGAAUUCAUGUUUAAAUUACCUGAAGUAAAAUCAUUAUGAGGAAUUUUAAUCUUGUUAUUGCUCUU